GUUUUCGAUCAGAGAGUAACCCCGUACUCGUAGCCCCGGGUAAUUUGUACUAGUAAAGACUCAGACCCACGGAUCGAAAGGUUUCAGUAAUACAUUCGUAUUCCACUGAUAACGGUACCAGACUGUCCCGUUUAAACGAUACUUUGCGAAAGAAAAGUAAUGCGGUGCUUCCACAAAACUAAACAAUUCCAACCUCGACAAAAUGGUGUCAAGUAUCUUGUGUUGUGAUGAGACGGCGACGCCAUAUACGAGGCCGAAAAGCAAGAUAUUCACUGCAGUAAUUUUUUAGCCAAACUUUCAAUAAAAUACGUUGAAUUUGCAUAAUGGCGAAUAACAAAGUCCGCAGCACACAGCAGCCCAGGGCUAGCACAGGUUUGUACAUUAUUUCAGAAAUAAUUGAAUUAUUAUUGCAUCGAUCCGUUGGAACUCGAUGUUGUCUUUGACUCUGACAUUGACAUUGUUGUGCGCAUGAAUCUUUGCUUCUGUGUCAAACAUCGCAGGUUUUCCCUCUGGCACGGAUCUACACAGUUUUGUACUUUUUUGGUUGAUAAAUCUAAUAUUAAUAUCUUCUGCGUGUAUUGUUCGAAUAUAUACUAGCUAAGAUGAAAACGCGUCUGAAUUGCGCAGUUUUGCAAACGGGCGAAUUAUUACUCGAAUACACACACCAUCUCAAUGUACGUACACAAUUCGCACUUUGAAAUAACUCACAUGCCUAGUUACCACUGUUUUGACAAAUUGUCAAAACAGUGGUAAUUAACUAGGCAUGUGAGUUAUUUCAAAGUGCGAAUUGUGUGGCAACGAUAAAGCACAUACGUACAUUGAGAUGGUGUGUGUAUUCGAGUAAUAAUUCGCCCGUUUGCAAAACUGCGCAAUUCAGACGCGUUUUCAUCUUAGCUAGUAUAUAUUCGAACAAUACACGCAGAAGAUAUUAAUAUUAGAUUUAUCAACCAAAAAAGUACAAAACUGUGGUCUUUGAUCAGGAAUCCUAUUCUUGUAUUUUGUAGUAAUUUCGAUGAAGUAUUGAAAUAGUGUGGGUAUACUACGGCUGUAAUGAUGCUACUCAUAGUAUGGAAAUCACUGGGAGGUUUUAUCAGUGAUAUAUAGACUGAUUCUUAAUUUUGAAAUUUAUCAUCUGAAAUACGACUCAUGAAAUUGUACAGACCGCAUAUAAAACAAUUGGAUAGGUAUUAUACAAGAACGAUAAUUUAUACUACUGCGUUCUCUGCACCAUGCUAUUGUACUUUUCAUGUACAUCUAAGCAGGUUUUACGCAUUAUCUGCGCGAAAACGACGAUCGAUAAUUUUAAGCAGUUCUGAGGCAUAAACCUUUACACAAGCCCCUAGACUUUUGUUGACACAAGUCAUAAGUCAAUAUGCCAGCUAGGAGGGAUUUCGUAAUUAUUGUUCAGUAAAACAAUUAUUAUAAUGUAGAUAAAUUGGUUUUGCUAAGCUCUAUCGUGCGGCAUGAGAAAAUCAUUCUGGUCCUCUUCAUUACAUGUAGUUGUAUUCGGUGGGUGACUAUAGGUGAGAUAAAUAAAUACAACUGCAAAAUUCUAGUUGCUCCAACUGGUGUUUAGUCUGGUGUCAACACGUCCGCCGUCAAUCCGCUGCCUUGCAUGCAACACUUAAUUUAUUGCGAAAUUGGAAUGAUCCAUGACGUUCUACAAGCCGUUUCCUUGUGCAACUACCUUAAAAACCUGUUGAAGAUUGAGAGAGAUAGAAGUCAUACAACUACCUGAAAAAUACGAGCAGAAUUUCGACGUUUCGAGCGAAGCUAAUUCUCAGUAAAAAACUUGGAUCUCGCGACGAAGGGCUUUCGCUCGUAACGUCGAAUUUCAGGUAGGCGUAUCUAUCUCAAUUCGCAGUUUGACUACCUGUGACGUAACAGUUAAAUACCUACACUAUUCAAGCUAGACCUAGUAAUAGUACAGGUUAUUCACAUAUGUUUGACCGGUUUAUAAAGCUGACCUUUGAUCCUUUACGCUUUCCAUGCGCGCAAGAUAAACACAGUGAAUUUUUGAGCGAUCGUACGUAUAACUCACAUUCCGAUCCUAUGGCUAUAGUUGCCACUGAGAUAGCAGGGCGCUAUGGGGAUAGUUACUAUGUCCAGUUUACAGAUGCCUAGAACAGAAAAAAUAAAGGUAAAUAAACAUUGAAGUUAUGAAGAGUUAUUCACUCAUGAAUGUAUAGAUCAUUCUAAAAGGUAUCUAAACCUUUGUUCUAUUUUAAGCUUCUGUAAACUGUGUAUCAAACUAUAGCUAUAGAGUAGUAUAGUUACGUGAUUUACCUAUAUAGGUUAAUUGUGCCUAUAAGGUACGCCUGUUUUGGGUAUACCUUAUAGCCACGUUUUGCAACAUUUGGCUACAUACAAAUGCGGUGUGCUGUAUCUUGAUGAGCGGUACCUCAGCUGUCGGUGGUAUACUGAUGAACUAUAGCAGUUUAAUAUGGAAUAUACUAGGUACAUAUAAAUCAUGCCGAGUACGACCAUGCAGUGUUAGAUUACUUUAUUACCAUGGCUAUAAAGUAUACCGGCCAAAUCGCUACGGUUUUAUAUAAUAGCAUUUGUUUGGAGAGUUGAACGGGUGCUGUAGUUUCAUCAGUGGUAAAUAUAGAGUUGUGAAUUGGGUAUAAACGUUAGCCAAAUUUGUCUAUAAAUUCAAGUUGAUAUAGUAGAUAUGACAGGGACUCUUGUUGCAUUUAUAAUUUUAAAGCUACUGUAUUUACACGUCACCUUAGCUUAUUUUCGUUCAUAUACAAUACCAUGUCUAUGGGAACACAUCUUAGAUAUUGCAAAAGGGCUAGCCAUUGGCACGGCACUUUUUUGAAACCGCCCAAACAAUGCCAUAUUGGACAGUUACAUUGUCAUUCAAAGAACGUCCCCGCAAUUGCAAGUUUACAUAAACAUCGUUUGCAAUUCAAAUCACCAAACAUCAUUCAGUUCGAAUUAUUUUAAUCCAAAUGUAAACAGAGCAAAAUAUUGAAAGAAAGCCUACUCUGAAAAAAGGCAUUUUGUCGCUAGAAUAACCGGAUGUUAUAGAAGCACAGUCACAAGAACACAAUUUCUAAUUCAGUGAAACAUUUCAGCAACAUCUCAAUGGUAGGUUUUGAAUAAAAUAUGUCUUUAAUACCGUAUAUUUUUAAUUUAGCACACACUUAAGUGUAAACAUUGACUGUUUACGCAAACGUUUUUUUUAUUCGGACAUAAGUUUUGAUACAUUACAUGACCUUCUGAUCUUCUCAAAAGUUUGUCACUGCAACGUGGAUGACUCUCUAAUACAUUUGAAUUCAUAGUACAAGAAUGAAUUCAAACGACCAAUUAUAUAGUAACUAAUAACAGUAUAACUAUAAGAAGCUACAACUAAGUACUAUUAACUUUCGAUCACAACGAAAGGCUUUCUUCACUCAAAAUGCCAAAGAGGUCUGUUUGUAUUUUUCUCCUAACAUACCGCUGCUGUUCUUACACAUUACGCUGUCACUGGCACUGAUCGUUCGGGAUCAAACGCCGUAACUACAUAAUUUCAAAUUGAAAUUUAUUAGUGGGUUACAUAAUUUUCAAUUAAAAGGCUCGUUCCGGCAACAUUGUGUAACAUGCAUUGUUGGUCCAGAAAUGUUACAUAUGAGACCCCAUUUACAUUGUACCGGAUUCGCUGGUCACGACAUCUUCAUUUGCUGCCCAGGAGCAACGUUUAACUGACAAAGGUUUACUCUUUCGAUAACCUCCGUAUGUUUCUGCUUGUUACUAUACUAAUAUAAAUUUUUGAACAACGGUCCAUGUCAACAUUAUCAAACAUAGUAAUAUUUAGACGCACCAAUGUUGGAUGAUAUUGCCAUAUUGGACCAACAUCGGCAACGUGUUGGAAGGGAAGAGCCUGGGAAUGAGAUUGGGACUGCUUUAUCUAAACCGAGCCCGAGGCCUGGCUGGCUGUUUAUCACCAGUAUUACUCCCUCAACUUAGUUGAGUUUAUGAAUACUGCCGAACCAUUUAACAGCCAAUUUUAAAAUGAAACAAUGCUGCCACGGUAGGGGAUUAUUGCGUUUUGUAGGGGGGGGGAGGUAGGGAAUACCUAUGGGGACAGGUAAUUGGUAGGGAAGCGUGCAUGGGGGAUUCACAUAGAAAUAAUAGAUUAUUAUUUCUAUGGGGAUUCAUUGCAGUUUGAUUUCGGAAAUUACAUAUUUGGCAUAUUUUUAGAUACACUUAUCACGUUGAAAGCGGAUUUAAAACACCCAACCACUUGUUUUGUAUCAUUUUCUGCGUCCUAUUCUGAGAAUCAUUGAGGAUGCAAGAGGAUGCUCUAUCGUAUUCCAGUUUUGAGACCAGUACUUUUUCUGGAAUUAUCGACCAAGAAAAAUUUGCAUGAAAAGGGGGAAAUGUAGGGGAAUUGUUAUAUUUGUAGGGGGAUGCAGGGGAAAUAUAUGUUUGAAGCGUAUGGGAAAUGUAGAGAAUGUAGCAUUCGCUUUAGCCCGCUAAACUUUAGGUGAAAAAAAAAUGUAUAAAAAAUAUAGGAUGUUUAGAGUGACAGCACUGCGGUGAAAUGAGUCCUGUCCGGUUAACUGAACAUAUCCAAGCAGCUGAGCCUGAGAAGGAUAUGCAAAACUACCUGAACAAUAUAAGCAGAACUUUCGAGCGAAGACCCCGCGAAACUUCUGGGCUUGUAUAUUGUUUCAGAUAUUUGUACAUCCUUCACAUGCAUCACGUCACUAUCUUCUACACUGGCGCCAACUGUUCGAAACAUAUAUGCAAAUAAAAUCACAAAUGCAAAUCAUCAAAGAAAAUUCAUUCAUCAGUUCAGAAUACAAAUUCACGAGAACUGCUCGACCUUCCGGCUUCGUGUAAACCGCAGCAAGUAUAGCUACCUGCUUUUUAAGGCAUUUUGGUAAGUUGUGAGUUAUAUAGUUAGCAUAGCUGUAGAGAAGAGAUUAUAGACCACGAGUAAUUCAGUAAAAUAAAUCUGUCACAACACGGAACAUCACUCAGAGUCUCAGUUAAUUUGAUGCAAUUUGAUGCAAAUAACUACAGAAUAUAUAGUAAACUUUGGCGGCUUUGAGCGGAAUGAAAUUUUCUCGGGAAAACUAUUUUCUACGAAAAACUCUACUUUCAGCUAGAUAUUCCAUCCUUAUACAAGAGACAUACAAUAUAUGUAACUGUUCGUAUAUUUAAAACAUUCGAAUGAUAUAUAAUUUUAAAGACUGUUUAUCACGUUGCAUUGACAUUGUGUAUAGACUUCAAUAUUACAAUAAAGAAUUCAAUGAUACCUCUAAUUAAAUAAUUUUGGUCGUGGAAACUAUGGAGUAUUCAUGGUAUUCACUGGUAUUAUAUUGAAAACCAUAUUUACAGAUAUAUAUGUGUAGCUACAAUUCGGAAUUUCGGAUACUUUAUAUAUUAUAGUUGUUAUUUUAGAAUGACGCCACGGCCCACGGGGAGUAUGGCAAAUUUACGGCUAUACUCUAUAGGCUAUAGCACAAACAUAUAUAGUGAUUUGCAUCUGGAGUGCCAAGCGUAGUAGACCGUAGACAGCGUAGUUGGUAUAGCCCGGCUAGAUAGGCUACGGCAAACAACUCCGUUAUAGUGUAAACAGUAAACACAAUACUUAGAAACGUAGUGAGUUUUUAACGAAAUGCUAGCCUUGGCUUAGCCAUAGUGAAUAAACACAUAUCCCCGAGGUGCCUCAAAAUAACGUACUUAUUUUUCACAUUGCGAGGUCGGUUAAUGAGUAAGAAUAGAAAUAAUUCUUAAUGCCAUAUUGCCUUCGUUAUGUUGUUUUUUCUCAUUUUUUGUGCUGCAAAGACAUUGCAGGUGAAUAUUAGAGGGAUUAUUAAACGGAAAUUGAUUAGAGGGGAAUAUUGAAUAUAUUCCCCGAUAGCCGCGAUAAGAACAAAGGAAACCGAGCAGGGUGAAAAAUAAAACUCAUUAUCUGUUAGUCAACGUGUAUUCAUAAAUAUGGUCCUUCACCGUCACGUGUGUAUUGUAUUUCUGCCAAAUCCACCAAUAGCAAUUUCCAGUUUCCCUAUUGUUCGAGUCACGGAUAGGCGACUUUCCUAAAACAUUGCUAUUGGUUAGUUGGGUAAAAAUACAAUACACACGUGACGGUGAAGGACCAGAUUUAUGAAUAAACGUUGACCAACAUAAAUAAUGAGUUAUAUUGUUAUUCUAAUGAGUUUCACAGCCAUCUCCCCUUCGAUAAGCUAUGCUAUAACCAAAUGCCUGGAUUUUAAAAAUGUAACUUAGUCAGUGUUCCAGCCACCUUGCUUAUGCAGAAAAGGCCGUAACUAGCCCCCCUCCCCUCCCCCCCCAAUUAUCGCGUCUAGUUGCGGGUAAUUAAUGCAGAGAAGAAUAGGUUCUGCAGAGCAGUCGCACCCGUGUCAUAUUAUCUCAAUGGGCAACAGCCAGGAAUUCUAAAUUGAGAAAUACCGGCGAUACCCAACAAAGAGAAUCAUCUCAACCAUCCAAACCAGCACAAAACCACAAGCCUGAAGCCUUAGACAAGACUUUUGGGUAUAAAGGUAAUAUGGCCUUAGAUGGCAGGCUGGAUGAACAGGGUUGGGAUAGAUUAAAAAAAUGUCGUCAGGUUUAGAUUAAGGUUAGGGUUAGAUUAGGGCUAUCCUGGGUUCAGAGGUUUUCUGGUGUCAGCAGCACCGCCUGAGUGCAGGCUACAGCUUCAGCGAAAUAGGAAACUCCCUGAUCCAGGGUAGAUUAGGGCCAGAGCAAGGUUAGAUUAUGGUCAGAGGUUAGAGUCGUGAUUAGAUUAGGGUUCAAAUUAAGGCCUAUUGGAUGGUUCAGAUGAUCAUCCUUGUUGGGUGUAUUUUUCAAUUUAGAAAUUCUGGCUGUUAUCCAUUGAGUAUAAAGUGGUACUGGUGAGCAGGAGUGAUCAACAAGUCGAGCUGACUCGGUUGAUCAAACACGCUCAGCAGUGUCAAAUCGAAAUGUAUUAGGUUCGUCGCAUGAAACAACGAUGUUUGACCUGGACCUAAUAUCAUGAUUAAGAUAAUUAUGAGUAAUCUCAUAGUUUAUAAUCAACAGUCAACAUAAAUGCUUGAUUGCACAAUUGUGUUUUCUGUGGCCAUGCCUGGAGCUCUACUAGGGGGAACAGCCGAGAACUGCGUUUUCCAGAAUUGAGUUUAGUAAAGACUAAAGUAUCUUUUCUCACUUUUGCAGCCAUGGGUAAGACAGUGGACGAAAUCCUUGCGCAAAUCGGCCAGAUGGGUCGUUUUCAAAUCUCGAGACUCGCCAUGUUCUGUUUUCUAAUGUUCCCCCCGACGUUUCAUCUUCUUAACAUGUUCUUUAUCGGAGCCGAAGCGCCGUGGCAGUGUGCGAAGAACAGUACAGUGUGUAAACUGAAUGGCACUUUUGCAGCAGGAGAUGAUGAUUACAAUUUUAGAUGUAAUAUCAGCCGAAGCGAGUGGGAGUUUGCAGACUACGAAGGACCUAAAGACUCCAUUAUUAGCGAGGUCAGUAAGUAAUUAUCUCAGACUCAUUAAUAAUUCACGAGUAAAUUAGCCAACCAUGUUGAUUUAUUUUGCUCACAUGAUAAUACUGGACACCUGGCGAAGUAUAUUGAUCCAGUCCUAGGACCAAAAUUAAUUCACCUCACUUUAAUUUAAGUAGUGAUUUAUUCGUAUGAGAUGUAAUUUCAAAUCCUCCAAUUCGGACUGGAUUAGAUCCCAGUCCUCGCAUCUUGAUUCAGUCUCGCAUCUUGGUUCGCCUCGGACUUGAUCAAAUUACGCGGACUUGAAAUCUAGUCCAGUCCUCAUAGUCGGGUUUGAAAUAUUACAUCAAAAACUCAAUCGUAGUCAUGAUAGGAUUCGUUAUUUAAAACAUCUACUGCGGGAUAAGACUAUAAGAGAUAUAUAACAAACUGAAAACUGAAAAUAUAUUCGCCUUCGCUCGAAACGCUGGAGUUCUGUUUAUAAUUUUCAUCGUGUUAUCGUCUUUACGUACACUGGCAUCGACCGUUAGAGAUUUAGAACAUCCUUCCUAUACCUAGCACGAAAAUUUAUAGGACAAGGAUCAGGCUUAACCGUUGUGAUACAACUUCGGAUGAUAGGGAUGCACCUAGCUGAAAACCCCCGGCUUUCGCUUGAAACGUCGAAGUUCUCCUUGUAUUUUUCAGGUAGUUAAUGAUGAUGAUGAUCUUUAAUGAGUAAACUUUGUCACUAAAGUGAUUUUCACAAAGGUCCUACUUGCAUCAAGGCCUCUUUUAAUACCAUAGACUGGGGGGGACUUGUUCCUCCCAGCCCCUAUUUUGGCCUCUCCAGUGAACUAUGUUUGCCCCCCCCCCCAGUGAAGGACACUUCUGUCUACAAUAUAAGAAAAAAGGGAAGAAUAACUUAGUUAAGAAGAGUAUUUUAGUAUUCCCAUGACCAAAUCUUUGUCAAGCGGAUAAAAUAUAUAAAAAAAUUGGGUCUAAAAAUGCCGAAAAUCAAGCCCCAGACAUUUAAAAAUAGGGUGUCAUCUUGUUUUCCUAAGAAAUGUUUCCCAAAAAUGGUGGGAGGGGGAGGUCAUAAACAUUUUUUCACCUUCCCGGUAGCGACGUCCCUGCCACCUCCUAGUUGGGCCCCUUUCUCUUGAUGGCCCCUCCACUGACAAAUUCUUAAAAGAGGCCCUGACUUACAUAGACCAUUGUACAUGCAAUAAACAUAGCAAAAUAUAUGAAUCUGAGAGAUAAAUACGUGUAAAUUAAAUCUAGGUUAAAAGUUUAGAGAAUAAAGUUCUCUUAAAAAAGUCUAAGUUCUUUUAAAAUAAGUCUAACUUAAAAAUUUGGGGAAUUGAGUUCUUUUAAAAGUCGCUAAUGUGGGGGCAUUGCGUGUUUCACUGUGUAGGAAGUUACUUGCAUUUCUAUCAACCAAAAAUUUUGUCAUUAUUAAUACUAUACCUACACUGGCAUAUAGACUGUUCAAGAUUAACCGUUGUAACACCUUACGCCUUACUUUUAUAUUUUUCUGUAUCAGUUUGACCUGGUGUGCGACGAUGCUGUCUACGGUUGGCUGGCAAAGUCUAUGGUCUACAUUGGCAAGGCAAUCGUCACGAUUCCUCUAGGAAUGAUCUCAGAUCGCUACGGUCGCUUGAUAACACUCUAUCCGAGCAUUCUAAUCAUUAUCGUUGUGGGCUUCGCUUCUGCCUUUGCUACCAAAUACUGGCAAUUCCUGGUGUCCAGGUUUUUUGUGGGCGCUGUGAUAUACGGCGUAUACUUGCCUAUGUUUAUAUUGUCGGGAGAGUUCGUCGGUCCUCAGUAUCGGCCGCUUUCACAGACAGUCAUGUGGUUUGCGUUUACAACGGUGUUACUGAUUCUGGCAUUAAUGGCGUAUCUUGUCAGAACGUGGAGGACUCUGAUGAUAUUGUGUACCGCACCUUGGAUAUUUGUUUUGGUUUUUUGGAAGUGAGUUGUAUAGAUAGGUUUUGUAUUGUUGAUGGUACAAUGGUUAGGAUAGGUUUCUGUGGGAUCUUGUUUUGAUGGGUGGUGGUAGUGGCAAUGCAGGUGAAGAUGAUGGUGGUAAUUUUGGCGGUGAUAAUGGUGACGAUGAUAUGGUGAUCGUUUUGGUGAUAGUGAUGGUCAUAAUGAUGAUGAUGGUGGUUGUAAUGAUGAUGAUGAUGGUGAUGAUCAUUGUGGUUGUGGUGAUGAUGAUGAUGAAUGUGGGUAGUGAUUGAUGGUAAUAACUGGUAACAAAUAGUUAUGAUAAUAGUUGUAAUGCUGAUCGGGAUUAUAAUGGUGAUUACUAUGGUAAUGAUAGCAAUCGUUGUCGAUGAUAACCAUGGCGAUGUUGGUGAUGAUGAUGGUGAAAGUAGUUAUGCAUGAUGGUGAUUAUACUCAUGAUUAAUUCAACUGAUAUCCUAUCUGUAUUUAGAUUCACGCCAGAGUCUAUACGCUGGUACAUGACUCAUGAUAAAAUUGAGAAAGCGGAAGGAGAGCUUAGAGACAUCGCUAGAAUGAAUAAAAAGGAGUAUCCAGAAGAGACAUUAAAAAUACCAGCAACUUCAACCAAAAACCUCAGUUUUUUGUCUUUGUUUUCGACGUCGACCUUGGCAAUUGGUGCCCUAAUUCAAGCUUUUGCAUGGUAAGAACAAAAUCCAUCAUCAACCAAACUUUGCAAUUUCACUAAUUUUAACAUGCUCUUUCUAGCUGUGGCGAUGGAUUUUGUUCUGCUUACCUAGAUCAAAAUUUAGCCUAUAGCUGGAAUUAUCCAAUGAAUCUAAAACAUCUUGAUAAAAAUGUUUUCAUUAUAUGUAGUAGUGGCACAAUUGUUUUCUCUCACCGUUUACACUUGCAAUUUAUGUUGCGAUUUCUAGUACGAUAUUCUUCUUCUGAUGGAUGUGAACGAGUAAAUAAGUUAUGAUUAUUCUAAUUAUAUGUAUCCUCAUCUAAACAUUUAUAACUCAUCCACUCGUUCACAUACAUCAGGAGAAGAAAUCCACCAAUAACUACGUUUUCGCGUUAUCCCCUUAUCUUAAGGUUCAUCAAUGGCAUGGUAUACUACGGAGCAUCGUAUGGUGCAAGCGAUCUUGGUGGCAGCAUGUAUCUUAAUUAUAUGCUUACAAGUUUGAUUGAAAUUCCCGCAAAUGUUCUGGUUGUGGAUAACUGUGAAAGGUAGAACGUAUAUUGAGUCAUUGACUGAAGUUAAAUGGAUAUACUGUAUGUACUGUGAGAAUAUUUUGAUAGAAUGGUCGAUGGGUUUUUGUUGAUGGAUUAUUUGAGCGCUGCACCGGACUGGCAGGACCGCAGGUUCGAUUCGAGUGUUGUGCGACGGAGUUCUGCCGGAGCUCCGACGUCUUUUUGAUCAACAGGAGUCGGAGUUGCGGUCCCAGGUCCGGCCGAAAAGUCAAAAUGACAAGAAAUUUGGCAAUGUCGUAGAAUUAUCGUUGAUUAUCUGGUUAAAGAUUUUGUCCCGUGAGUUGUGAACCAAACCAGCCGGAUAUUGGAGCUGUAAAGUAGCUGGGGCUGAAAAACCGGCGUUUGCCUUAGCUGCAUUUUUCGCAACUGUUUCUGGUUAACUUUAAUAAUGCAUAUAAAUUGGUGUUCGAAUAUUCCAUCCACAAAACCCAUCUACUAUAUUAGUUCUAUUGAACGAGAUGCCCACAUUUUUUUAUAGAAUACUCCAUCUUAUGCUAUCAAUCUGGUUUUAUUAGGUUUGGACGUAAAAAGACAGUUAUUGUUCACAUGAUUCUGGGGGGAAUUGCUUGUUUUGUGGUUUCUCUGAUUCCUGGUGGUACAGACAGAACAGGUAAAACAAUUGACGCUUCUACAGUAGUGCCUUUCGGAUAGAUCGAGCGCAACCUCGAACCUUGGAUAUCAUCUCACGUUUAAUAUCUUCGGUGGCGCAGUCGCCAGAGAAAGCGGCUUUUGCCUCUGAGAUCGUGGGUUCGAUUGUCACUGCGGACUCAUGUGAAAAGAGUCAGUCAACGCUCUGCCGAAAGUCGUGGGUUUUCUCCGGGCGCUCCGGUUCCCUCCCACAGGGAAAGUCGACAGGGUGGGUUACAAUAAACACAGUUAGGAAAGUAAUAUACUAAUAUCACGAUUUGUUGUAAAGAUAAAUAGUCUACACGGCUAAAAACCAAGGGUGGGUUGACUACAAAAUUUUUGUAGUUCGCUAUAACUACAGCUACUUCAAAAAUAUGUAGUCAGCUACAACUACUGCUACUUUUGAACAAAGGUAGUUCGCUACUGACUACAGGCUACUGCCUAAAAUAUGUAGCGAACUAUUUCGCUACGCUAUAUAUUUUAGUUUUACUGUAUUUGGAGCAUCUACUAACUCAGGCUGAAAUGCAACCUAUAACAAAUCCACUUACGAGUGGCAACAGUAAACACAAAGCAACAUUUUUGUAAGCACUACAGUGUUCAAGAGUGAAAAUUGAGUAUUGAUUUCAAACAAACCGUGUCUCAAUAUCAUGCUAUUCUAUCAAGUUGCUAACAAUUUUAAAAAGUAGCGAAUAGCGAUUCGCUGUUUGAAAAGUAGUCAACUACUUCGCUACUAUACGCAAAAUGUAGUUCGCUAUAACUACAGCUACUGUUUUAAAAAAGUAGUCAAAAACUACUGGCUACUUGAAAAUUGUAGUUCGCUACAGUAACGAACUACAACUACUUCGCUACUACCCAACCUUGCUAAAAACGCACAGGUUGUUCCAAGUUGAUAUCAACAGGCGUGAACAAUGUUGUGCGGCCAACUAUGAACAAGUUGUCAACCAUGUUGUUUUGUUCCAAGUUGUUACAGUUGAACAACGCUGUAACAACGUGUUGACAACACUGUUCAUAGUGGGUCGCACAACCUUGUUCACGCCUGUUGAUAUCAACCUGGAACAAGUUGUUGAUUUUCUCAAUUUUUACGCGUACGUGUAAGCUAAGAAGUGAGUAUAAGUAAUCAUAAUACUUUAUGUAAUCGGUCACUGAAAUGCCCCAAUGGGGAGUGACCUGAAUAAUUAUAAUAGUAGUAUUCGCUAUGUCCAAUGGUUCUUCUCGCGUUAACUCAAUAACUAUAAAAAACCCACCCAAAUAAGCAAUGUAGCAUAGGAAAUAGACUAUUUUGGAGUAUUUGGUAUUCUGUGAUAUCUGCAUAUAUGAUAGUAGUAUUAAGAAUUCUUGAUUUAAAACUUAUUUAAUUCUUGAUUAAAACUAUUUUAGAUUACAUCGUCGGUCGUGUUAUUGGCGGCAUGUUGGGGAAAGGUUUUAUUACUGUAUCUUUCAAUAGUAUUUACGUGUGGUCUUGUGAAAUAUUUCCUACCGUUGUAAGGUAAUGAAAGUUUCCUUUUCUUCUUUACAUUAAACGUACAAAAACUUUCAUAACCACGUACAAUCGAGGACGCUUUUUUGUAUAUGUGUACAAACUGUAGUUAGCGACCGUUCUUUAUUUAUACCAGGGGUUGGUACCGAAGAGAUAUGGGUUGGGUAAUCAAGUUUUUGACUAGCUCAUGGGUUGGGUAAAAAAUUUUAUGGCUGUCUGUCAGCUAUAAAAUAAAAUAAAACCAAAAUUACCAUGCACUGAAAAUAUGAAGAAAAAUGUGUACAAUACAUUCUGUACCAAAAUAGACCAUCAGUGAUCGAGGAAGGAAUCUAUCAUUGAUCGACAGGAACGUGAUUGCUUUGGCACACUCAGUGAGUUUGAGUGUGAGUGAGGUUUUAGAAUAUAGGCAACUUGAUUUCUGUCACCAUAAUCUUGUGUGUUUAAUUAUUAUGAAGUACAGUAACACUGUUCAAGGGUUGGGUAAACAUUAUUUUGACCAAUGUUGAGGUUGGGUAAAUAAAAAAUUUACACUGUUUUUCACUUCUCUUCAGUACCAACCCCAGGUAUAAAUAAUGAACGGUCCCUUAGCAUAGCAUGCACCUUUCGUCAAUCUCUCCUGUGUAGGAACUGGGAGGGCACAGGGGGCGCGUGCCACCCCAAAUUGUUUCAAAGUGCCUUUUUUUGUGAUGAAAGGUGCCCUUUUUGUACAAUCUAAAGGCUCAUCUACACGAUACGACUAGUCGUAUACGAUCUUAUCCUGGCGUAUGUACUCGAACAAAUGCGUGUAAAGAUGUCAUAUUUCAAACUUCACCAUAAGACUGAUGAACAGGAAUAGUGGCGUCAGCAAUCGUUUUCAUACGUCAGGAUAAGAAUCGUAUACGACUAGUCGUAUCGUGUAGAUGAACCUUAAUGUUGCUGUAAAUACUAUAUUAACAUCGAAGGUGGCAUUUUUGUGAGGAAAUUUCGAUGUUUUAAAAAAAAAUGGUCAAAAACGUUCAUUGUACGUUGGAAUUCGAAAAUUUAAGAAAAUGUAUUAUAUUAAGCAUGAAAUGUGGUGUGACUGGAAAAUCUUUCCCUGCCAGUUGCCAACAUUUACGGGGGAAAUGUUUUAGGUUCCCUUUUCAUUAUCCAAAAGUGCCCCUGGAAGCCGGUGCCCCCCCCCCAAUCUUUUGAUGCUUCCUACGCCCCUGUCACCAAGACUAUGCUUUGAUCACUUUUCUGCUGUAUAAACGGUCUGAUCUUGUCUGAUCGACAGGGCCGCCGAGAUAAUUCGCGGGGCCUGGGGCAAAUCUUUUCUGGGGGCCCCAUGACAUUAUUAUUUUUAAGCUAGACCCAAGUCAGUCACCCAACUAGACCUUAACUAGACUGCAUGUGGAGCUACUGUAAGGAGCCCUCAAUUUCAAAAAUGUUGUGACCAAUUUAAAGAACGUACUCAAUUUCAAGUUCUCGCUCUCAAGUUGGGGUCCGGGGCAAUCCCCCCCCCCCCUCUCGGCGGCUCUGCUGAUCAAUGAUUUUAUCUCGAUAUACCGCUGAUAUAUAGGGCAACGUUUUACAAUCUGUGUGGAAUGGUUGAAAAGUAAUAAAAAGUAAAAUAAAUAUUUCCCUACCCAUACCAAUUCCAUUUUUUUGGAAUUUCUAACAUUUCAUCUGUGUUUCUGUUUUUUUAUAGAAAUAGCGGCAUGGCAUUUGUCGGCGUCGUAAGUCGUAUUGGCGCUGUGUCUGCGCCGUUUGUUGUGGAACUAAAGAGGAUUCAUCCAACAUUGGCAUUUGGUUUGAUGGGAGGUCUGUCCGUCAUUGCUGCCUUGUUGUGUUUGGUCUUACCCGAGACCAGAGGAAUGCCGACUGCUGAAGUUUAUGACAACCACAAUGGUAAAGUUAUAUUGUAUUGGUUUCUCGUAACAAUGGCUGCGAUAUCUCAUCUCAAACUCAUUAAUAAUUCAUGAGUAAAUUAGCCAACCAUAUUGGUUGAUUUUGCUCACAUGAUAAUACUGGAUACCUGUGAAGUAUACUGAUCCAGUCCUAGAACUGGAUCAAAAUUAAUUCAGUCCUUGGACUGAAUCAAAAUUAAUUCACCUCGCUUCAAGUAUAGUGAUAUAUUCGUAUGAGAUGUCAUUUCAAAUCAUCCAAUGGACCAUUUGCAUUAUAGACUAAAUUUUGAUCUAGACAAAAAUUUCAUCACAGCUUGAAAGAGCAUCACAAGAUUAGUAAUAUUCCAAAGUUUCGUUGCGAAAUAUUGUAAAAUGCGGAUAAUAUAGCCUUGCGAAGUUUGCAAUUUUCAGUCAUUUUGUAUUACGCGGGGGAAAUUGACAGCCCAAUACCCUUUGCGGCUGUCAAUUUCCCGUUUGUAAUAGAAAAUGACUGAAAAACGGCAAACUUCGCAAGGCUAUAUUAUCCGCAUUUUACAACAUUUCGCAACGAAACUUUGGAAUAUUACUAAUUUUGUGAUGCCCAUUCAAGCUGUGAUGAAAUUUUUGUUUAGAUCAAAAUUUUGUCUAUAAUCGUUUUUACGUUUGUAGUUUAUCGUAUCUUUGUAUAUUUUAAUUUCCAGAUCCGGUUGAUGAGAUCAUUUUGAACAAAACGGGUGAAGAUGAAGUCGAGGCCUCUACUGUAUAGUAAUGCUUGGCUUUCCAUUAAAUCGUAAAUAUCGCAAUUGUCGUGUCGCAAGAGUGGUUGCGAUUUCGAUUCUUGCGAUUUAAUGCGAAACCAGGGGCCGGUUGUUCAAAGGUUAACUUGCUGCUUUGGUUUGUGUAUUUCUGCACGGUUAUUUCAAAACUUCAGAGAAGUACACUCCUAUCGACUCAGACACGAUUUCUGAAGAAACAUUCCAAAUUUAUGAACAAGCUGUCAGGAAGUUUGCUUUGAAUUUUAGGUUAACCUAGGGUUAAGUUAAUCGCCUUUCGAACAAUCUGCCCCAGGCUUAAAGCGAAUGGACGAGUGGGAGGUUUCAAGAUGGCGGCUAUUUUUCAUGAUCUUUAAAACGCAAAAGAAUCAACAACCAUGGCGCUCGUAACAAUCUCAAACCAUACACAAAACCUUACCCUAAACCUAACCCCAACCCUAUUAUAAACCCUAUACCAUUAACCGUAAACUAAAGCGAAAUCCGAGUUUAAAUUUUGAAUUACCUUGAAAAUCUGCCACUCGUCCAUUCCUUAUAGCCAUUGUCUUAAAACUAAAGAAUAGAAACUCCUUGUCUUAUUGAAUAUCUUACUUAUUGAAAUCAAACAAUUGCGAACAACUUAAAGAACGCUGGUUCCUCAGUCUAGUUCCUGCCUUUCGCCUCCGCGAUGCUAGGCGCGCUGGGAGAGAUGGGAAGCUACAAGGUCUAGCACAAUUCGCAAAUCAGCCCUUUUUGGAUCCAUUUUGCCCUGUUUUUCUUGGCAAAAACUUUGCUGGUCCAACCAAUUUUUUCUUUGCCCAAUUUCAAAUACCAAUAAAAAUAAAACCCCUGGUCAAAAACUUUACAAAAGGAUACCAUUCAGUCGUCACGGUCACACAUAUCCUUUACCACUUCUGUGACAUGAGUUUGAUAACUGCUUGUGCAAUUUUCUGCAGGUUAAAGUUUCAUGUUGUCUGCACAUGUAAUUUCUUUGGAGUGAUUUGCCUCGGGAAAAACUCGGAAAAUGAUCAAGAUAGUGACUCUGAUUGAUUCGCAUAUUGUAUUGACAUAUGACUGUUGACAUUGCUCUUUAGUCUUCAAUAUUUGAGUGAGUCAUGCUUUGGAAAUGACAUCAAAUUUUUAUGACCCAACCCCAGCUUGAGUUGUUUUGUUUUUCAUUUACCCAACCUUUUACUGACUCAAAAUUUUGCUUACCCAACCUUUUCUUCGCCCCCCCGCCAUAAAAGUAAUGACCGUCCCAACAACGUUCAACAAUGUUGAACAAUUUUCGUCGCGAAAAAAUUUCAUGCACAUAAAUUGGAUAAGACUCACCUACCAAUUCCCAUUGACACUUGAGUCGAUGGCUUAUAAAUAAUGGCACUAUAAAUAAUUAGCACUAUUUUCCAUCUAGCAAACUGACCUGACGUCAUUUUCGGAAGAGGUGUUAUUAAAUGGCUAUGUAACUAACCCAAACCCUACCCCUACUCUACUCCCUAACCGCAACCCUAACCCUAACCCUAACCCUAACCCUAACCCUAACCCUAACCGAAUCAAUAAAAAAUCCAAAAAUAAACAACUUUAGAAAAUCAUAGGGCGGUUUGCUGGAUGGGAAAUAGUGCUAACCAUUAUAAAUGGAAAGAUGAGUGUUCGAAUCAGUGGUUCGAAUCCUGCUUAGGGAGCGGUCAUUAUUUAUGGCGGGGGGUGGCACCGAAGAGAAAAGGGUUGGGUAAUCAAAAUUUUGAGUGAGUAAAAGGUUGGGUAAAUGAAAAACAAAACAACUCAAGGGUUGGGUAAUAAAAAUUUAUUGUCAUUUCCAAAGCAUGAACCACUGAAAUAUUGGACACUGAAAAGCAAUGUCAACAGUCAUUUGUUAAUACAAUACGUGAAUCACUAGUGAUCUUGGUCAUUUUGACAAAACAAAUGGUGUUUCCAAAGAAAGUGCAUGUGCAGACAACAUAAAACUUUAGACUGCAGAAAAUUUCACAAGCCGUUAUCAAACUCAUGUCAUAGAAGUGGUAAAAGACAUGUGUGACAACUGAAUGGUAUCCUUUUGUAAAGUUUUUGGCCAGGGGUGGGUAAUUAUUUUCCAAUUUAUAUUUGAGGUUGGGUAAUCAAUUUUUUGUCUUUUUAAUGGUUGGGUCAGCAAAAUUUUUGCCACGAAAAACAUUUCUCUUCGGUGCCACCCCCCACCAUAAAUAAUGACCGGUCCCUUAAGAAAACGAAUUUUUCGUUGUUCUCUGCAGUCAGAAUAAAUACAAUAUCAGCUUGUGGGAGUUGUAACAAAUCUGUUUCACGCUGUAACAACUUUAUAACUAUUUACGUGUGUAGCGUGCGGGCAUGUUUUUCAAUAAGUCUAUUCAUGCAAUUCCAACGUUUGACCUUUGCUCUAUCUCAGACCGCAAAGAGAACGGAACAUGACAUGUUUUCGCUAUAUUGAAUGUCGUAAACAUCUUAACGACAUACGCCACAUAUCUGACACGAUUUACAAUUGUUUUUUAAAACUCAUCAACAUACCAAAAUGUCUUAUAGCUCACCACAAAUACUCGGCAUUGUUUAUCUCGUUGAAAACACCACGUUGGCACGUAUAAAUAUUUAGCAAAGCAGUAAAAAAAUGGAUAUCAGAUUAGCACUGAUGAAGAUACGAUUACAGGCUUACGGAUCGAAAUUUUUGCCAACUAAAAUAAAGAAAGUGUUCCACAAAUCAAAACUGCUGUGGUCACUGUCUUGCAAACCCGGCAUUGUCCCACCUUAUCAUUAAUAACUCGUCUAUGCAUUAUUAUCAUCCCAAAAGUGGACAACGUUGCCAUGGUUAUAGAAAUCCCUUGGGACCUAUUAGUACCCACUAUUGAAUUUGAGCAUGAUGAAUGACGAAGUGUUCCUAUUGAAUGGUCACGACUCGCAUCAUGUGAAGAAUCAAUGCAGCACAAAAAUUUGAUUAGUUUUUUUAACUCUGUGGAAAGGAUACAUUUUCCCGCCGUUGGAAUAAUGUUAUCAGUAAAAUUAGGAAAUAUUGUAAUACAACGGAAUUACACGUCAAUCUAUUGAAUUGUGGUCAACAUGAUCAAACAAUAUAAAGAGGAAAUGUCAUUCGCUUUAUUACAUUUUACAACAAGGCAUCUUUUCCUAAUUUCACCACCAUCGGAAAUUCAGUUAUCAUUUAGUAUACAUUGUAAGAAUCGACAAAACAACCGGAAUAUAAUGCCAGGGGUAAUUAUUGCUGAACUUUGGAU